AUGGCGAGCAAUAUGGAAUUCACCGAUAAGACCCAGCACACACUUGCUGAAGCCGUUCAACUUGCAAAGGACUACGCCAAUGCUCAAGUUUACCCAGCACACAUUGCCUUCAUCCUAAUCAAUGAGAGUUCCGCUGGAGAGCCUUCAGUGCCUGGAGGACCGCAAGCUGGAGGGGCUCCCCUAUUUGCGUCCGUAGUGUCGAGAGUAGGAGGCGAUCCGACUGCUGUGAAACGCGGGCUACAGAAGCUUCUUGUUCGACUACCAACACAAAGCCCACCAGCAGAGGAAACAUCAUUCUCUUCGGCCGCACAUAAGGUUCUGCGCGAGGCUCAAUCAUUGCAGAAGACGAUGCACGACUCCUACAUAGCACAAGAUCACAUCCUCCUCGCUCUUCUCAAGGACCCUUCGAUAGAAGCCCUUUUGAAGGAGAACAGCCUCAACACCGCUACGAUCAAGACUGCUAUCGAACAAAUUCGUGGCAAUCGACGAGUCGAAUCGAAGACUGCUGAGCAAGGCUUUGAUGCCCUCCAAAAAUAUGCUGUUGAUCUCACCGCACUAGCGGAGGAGGGCAAAAUCGACCCUGUUAUUGGCCGUGAUAACGAGAUUCGAAGGGCCAUCCGUAUCCUGUGUCGAAGGACCAAAAAUAACCCUGUUCUCAUUGGCGAGCCUGGCGUUGGGAAGACUGCUAUUGCCGAAGGUCUUGCCCAACGGAUCGUCAAGCGCGAUGUUCCUGCUAGUCUCAUCGCUCGUCUUUACUCCUUAGACAUGGGAGCGUUGAUGGCAGGAGCCAAAUAUAAGGGCGAAUACGAAGAACGCAUCAAAUCUGUCCUGAAUGAAGUCGAGAAGGCGGCCGACAACGGAGGACCUGGAAUCAUCCUUUUCAUUGACGAACUGCACCUUAUCAUGGCUGGUAGAGGAGCAGAAGGUGGAGGGAUGGACGCUGGCAAUCUUCUGAAGCCCCUUCUGGCCCGUGGCAAACUCAGGUGCAUUGGAGCCACAACUCUUGCAGAGUACCGCAAAUACAUCGAAACCGACCCUGCUCUGGAGCGACGGUUUGCUCAGGUCAUCGUCAACGAACCUACGGUUCCAGAGACCAUCAGCAUCUUGCGUGGUAUCCGAGAAAAGUACGAGGUCCACCACGGUGUUCGUAUCCUCGACGGUGCGCUCAUUCAGGCGGCUACCCUGGCCCAUCGAUAUCUCACUUCGAGACGACUCCCCGACUCGGCCAUUGAUCUAGUCGACGAGGCGUGUGCAAGCGUUCGCGUUACCCGAGAAACCGAGCCAGAAGCUAUCGAUAAGCUGCAGCGCAAGAAGCUCGAGCUAGAAGUAGAAAUCCAUGCUUUAGAGCGCGAGAAGGACGCUGCCAGCAAAGAGCGCCUACGGGCUGCUCGGAAAGCCAUAGCCGAAGUCGAAGAACAACUCCAACCUCUCAAGCUAGCUUAUGACAACGAAAAGCAGCGAGGAGAAGAGAUAAACCAGGUCAGGCGCAAGAUCGACGAGCUGAAGGCCAAAGUCGAGGACGCGGAGCGUAGAUAUGAUCUUGCCACUGCCUCUGACCUACGCUACUACGCUCUGCCCGACCUCCAGGCCCGCCUUGAGAAGCUCGAGGCAAAGAAGGCUGCGGAAGACUUGGCCUCAGGUGGAGGUUCAGACACGGUUACGCCAGAGCAAAUCGCAGAGAUCGUCGCAAAGUGGACAAACAUCCCAGUGACUAGGUUGGCAACAUCGGAAAAGGACAAACUACUCCGAAUGGAAAAAGUGCUGGCUGAACAGGUCGUUGGCCAGGCAGACGCGGUCAAGGCAGUCGCCAACGCCGUCAGAUUGUCGCGCAGCGGUCUCAAGAAUCCCAACCGUCCCGUCGCCAGCUUCCUGAUGGCGGGUCCUUCGGGUACGGGUAAGACGCUGCUCGCCAAGACUCUUGCCGCUGUCCUUUUCGAUUCUCCAGACACCAUGAUCCGAAUCGACGCGUCUGAAUACUCGGAGAAGCACUCGAUCUCAAGACUCAUCGGUUCUCCUCCUGGCUAUGUAGGUUACGAUGCUGGUGGCCAGCUGACGGAAUACAUUCGGCGCAAACCCUACUCCAUCAUCUUGAUUGACGAAAUCGAGAAAGCCUGCCGCGAGUUUGUGACUCUGUUCCUCCAAGUUCUGGACGAUGGGCGUUUGACGGACGGUCAAGGCCGCAUCGUUGACAUGCGCAACACCGUGAUCAUCAUGACCUCAAACUUAGGCGCGGCCUACCUCAACGACAUGGGUGAAGGGCCGGUCAAACCUCAAACGAGGUCACUCGUCUUGGGUGCGAUUCAAGCCCAUUUCCCUCCCGAGUUCGUCAAUCGUAUCGACGACAUCGUCAUUUUCCGUGCUCUUUCACAAAAGGACAUCCUGAAGAUUGUGGACAUCCGCCUGAAGGAGGUUGAAGAACGUCUCACAGAGCGUAAGAUCAAGCUCGACCUCGAUGCGGAGAGCAAGAAUUAUCUGAUGUCUAUCGGAUAUUCUCCUGCAUAUGGCGCUCGUCCGCUCAACAGGGCAAUCCAGGCGGAUUUGCUCAACCCCCUGUCCGUGCUUAUUCUAUCAGGACAGGUGCUGGACGGUGAGACCGUUCGGGUACGGUUCGAUGGCCCGCACAACCGCCUGAACAUCAUCCCCAAUCAUGAAGGAUCAGGCGCCAUGGAUGUCGACGAUCUCACCGACGAAGAUGACAUUGAGAUUGAGGAGAUGGAUUAG